GAAAGAUUGUGAACGUGUGAGUGUGCUAGUCAUAAUUAAUAGAAAAAAACCACGGAAAUAUAAUGGAAUGGAUGUUGGGAUUUAAAAAAUUUGAAUUCCAAACAAUUUUUUAAAUCUUUUAUUUAUUUUUUAGUUUUUAUUUUGUAAGUAAAACAUUUAUUUUUAUAUAAAAAAUAAUUGGCAUUUCGUAAUAGUAAUAUUGAUUUUGGAGUACAAAGAAAUGAGUGAAAUAAUAGCUGCUAAGCGAGCCAAGGUAGACGAUAAUGAAUUACCAUUGGAUCUCAGUUUGAAAUCUCAAUCAGCAGCUUCAAUAAAAAUAAAUCAUGACAAUAAAUCCAGCGUUGUGAAUAAUCAUCAGCACCUUGAAGAUGAUGUAGAUGAUGAUACUAACCUUAUUGAACUAUCUUUUGCUUUGGCAGAUAUUCCAAGCAAAUUAUUAGCCCUGGAAUAUGAAUUGACCAAAAGGAUAGAACAUAUUACAUUCGGUCCACCGGUGGAAUAUAUUUAUAGUCCCAUUGAAUAUGCAUUAUCAGUCCAUUCUAAUUUUCUUCAAAAAUAUUGCCGCACAACAAAGAAGAUUUUAUUUCUUGCUAUGAAUCCUGGACCUUGGGGCAUGUCGCAAACAGGAAUUCCAUUCGGUGAAAUAAAUGCAGUCGUAAAUUGGCUGAAAGUUUCAGGCUUUAUUGAAAAACCAUCAAGAGAACAACCUGAUAAAAAAAUAACAGGAUUUGCAUGUACUCGUAGCGAAAUAAGUGGUCGAAGAUUUUGGAAUUUAUUUAAAGACAUGUGCGGUAAUCCUGAAAAUUUCUUCCAAUACUCAUUUCUUCGUAAUUAUUGCCCUGUGGCUUUGAUGGAUGCUGGAGGUCGUAAUAUAACUCCUGCAGAGCUAAAGGGCCCAGAGCAAAAAGAAUUACGUGAUGUCUGUGAUUUAGCUUUAUUAGCAAUUAUAAAGCUUCUAAAAGUCGAGAAAAUUGUUGGAAUAGGAAGAUUUGCGGAGCAGAGAGCAAAAAAUGUCAUUAAAGUAGCUGGAUUGACAACAAAAAUUUUUUGGAUGCCUCAUCCUAGUCCUCGAUCAACUGGCAACGAAAAUUGGAGUGAGAAAGCGAUAAAAACUUUACAUGAAUUAAAUUUAUUGCAAUUUUUCACUAAUAAUAAUAAAUCAAAUGAUCAAGGACGAGUUUCAUGAAGAAAUAAAUUGUACAGAAGAUACGAUGGAUAAUGAA